CAGAAAGAGAGCAGCAGAAAAGAGAGCAUAAGUGGUAAACAUGAGCUGAGUGUGCUCAUCCCGUUUUUCCAGCAGCAGCAGCAGAAAAAUUCCGUUUCCCGGAGAUUGAACCGUUGGAUCGUCGUGAUUUUUGGACAGCAGCUUCACAGCAUCAGGGCCAAUAUUCUGGACGGUGGAGAUCGGGUUUUGUGGUCCGGAGGUCGGGUUUUGUUGGUCUGGACAGUAGCUAUUUUCUGGUGAUAUAUUUUCUUAUCUUGGCUCUAUUUGAUUCCAUACACCUUGAUGUUCUUACUUCCAAGGAUAUGAUGAUGUUGUAUGCCUCUAGUAUUAUCUAGAGAAGAUUGUGUACUGCUCCUUUGAUGAUGAUAGUGGAUUUAAGCGGCCAAAAUGGUCCCGUGGUUUUUCCCUAGUUAACGGGUUUUCCACGCUAAAAUUCCGGUGUUUUUGUGUGGUGUGUGCUUACUGUUUUAGCUCAUUAUAUUGGUGUGUGGCAGCAAUAUUGUGUGUUCUAAUUGUAUUAAGAACACCCUAUUUGUUUGCAUCCUCAAAGGUUCAUUCAAGUUGGGGAAAGUUUAGCCAAACGGAGAUUAAUUCCGCAUUUUAUUAGUUCCGUGUGUGGCUGUUUUUUUCCCUUCAAAUUGGUAUCAGAGCCGAGUUCUUCUGUAUUGGGUUAGACUUGUUUGAAUGAUGGAAGCAAACACAAGUAGGAUGAUCAAUUUGAAUGGUUCUAAUUAUCAUGUUUGGAAAGGCAAAAUGGAAGACCUACUUUAUGUGAAGGAUUAUUAUUUGCCUGUGUUUACUACUGAUAAACCUGAGAGUAAAACAGAUGCAGAGUGGAAUAUUUUGCAUAGACAGGUUUGUGGGUAUAUUCGCCAAUGGGUUGAUGAUAAUGUUUUGAACCAUAUUAGCGGGGAAACUCAUGCUCGCAGUUUGUGGAACAAGCUUGAACAGUUGUAUGCUCGAAAGACCGGGAACAAUAAAUUGUUCUUAAUAAAACAGAUGAUGAGCUUGAAAUACCAUGAUGGAACUCCUGUCACUGAUCAUUUGAAUUCUUUUCAGGGAAUCAUAAAUCAACUUGCAGGAAUGGGUAUCAAGUUUGAAGAUGAGAUACAAGGCUUGUGGCUCCUUGGCACUUUACCGGACUCAUGGGAGACUUUUAGGACAUCAUUGUCCAACUCUGCACCAGAUGGUAUUAUCACCAUGGAAUUAGCUAAAGGCAGUGUUUUAAAUGAAGAGAUGAGAAGAAAGUCACAAGGUUCCUCUUCACAUUCUGAUGUCUUAGUUACAGAAAGCAGGGGGAGAAGUCAGAGUAGAGGUCCAGGUAACAAAGGGAAGCAUCGAAGUAAAUCCAAAGGAAAGUUUGCUGAUUUUGAGUGCUAUCAUUGUGGUAGAAAAGGCCACACAAUACGGUUCUGCAGGCAAUUGAAAAAGGAGAAGAAGAAGAGCGAUUACAACAAUCAAAAGAACCAUAAGAAAGAUGAGGGUGGUAAUGGCAAUGCUGAAGUUAACAGUGCUACCGAUGAGUUCCUGAUUUGUUCUGAUCUUGAUAUGGUCAACAUUGCACAUGAUGAUUCCAGUUGGGUUGUUGAUAGUGGUGCUACGUGUCAUGUAACAUCACAGAGGGAUUUUUAUUCAUCUUACACUCCAGGUAACUUUGGUAAUGUUAGGAUGGGUAAUAAUGGACUAUCAAAGAUUGCAGGCAUCGGAGAUAUUUGUUUGAAGUUUGACACUGGGAUAGAGUUGGUUUUACAUAAUGUAAAACAUGUUCCAGAUAUGAGACUUAAUUUGAUCUCCGCAGGCUUACUUGAUGAUGAUGGUUACAGCAACAACUUUGGUAAUGGAAUAUGGAAACUCACUCGUGGUUCUUUGAUCGUGGCUAGAGGUAAAAGAUGCUCAAAGUUGUACAUGACACAUCCGAAGAUCUUCAAGGAUAGGGUCAAUGCUGUGGUGAACACUGACAUGACUGAUUUAUGGCAUAAGAGACUUGGUCACAUGAGUGAAAAGGGGAUGUCUCUUUUGUUGAAGAGAAAUGUGUUACCGGGUGUGCAUGAUAUUCAUCUAAAGAAGUGUUCUCACUGUUUGGCAGGUAAACAGAACAGGGUUUCCUUUAAGAGCCAUCCUCCUUCCAGGAAGGAGAGUAUACUUGAUUUGGUGCAUUCUGAUGUUUGUGGUCCUAUGAAGACUAGGACACUUGGUGGUUGCUCCUACUUUGUCACAUUCAUUGAUGAUCACUCCAGAAAGGUAUGGGUUUAUACCUUGAAAUCUAAAGAUCAAGUAUUUGAGGUGUUUAAGCAGUUUCAUGCCUCGGUUGAGAGACAGACUGGAAAGAAGCUCAAGUGUAUUCAGACAGAUAAUGGAGGGGAAUACAUUGGCCCCUUUGAUGCUUAUUGUAGAGAUCAUGGUAUUCGACAUCAAAAGAGUCCUCCCAAGACACCGCAGCUGAACGGAUUAGCAGAGCGGAUGAACAGAACUUUGAUGGAGCGUGUCAGAUGUUUGUUGUCACAUGCAGGGCUGCCAAAUUCAUUCUGGGGAGAAGCUUUGAAUACAGCGGUACAUGUUAUUAAUCUAACUCCUUGUGUUCCUUUGUCUUUUGAUGUACCUGACAGGGUUUGGAGUGGCAAAGAUGUUUCUUACCGUCAUUUGAGGGUCUUUGGAUGCAAAGCUUUUGUGCACAUUCCUAAAGAUGAAAGAUCAAAGCUUGAUGUGAAGUCCAAACCAUGUGUUUUCUUGGGUUAUGGCCAAGAUGAGUUUGGUUACAGAUUAUAUGAUCCAGUCCACAAGAAACUUAUUCGAAGCCGAGAUGUUGUGUUUGUGGAAGAUCAAACCUUGAAAGAUGCUGAGAAGAAAGAUACAGUUCCUCAACAUAAUGAUGAUGUUACUGAUUUGGAUCCAGUGCCUCCUCAGCAUGUAGAACCACCUCUUGAUAAUGAUGUUCAGAAUGAUGAACAACAUGAUACUGAUGUUCCAGAACAGCCAGAGGUGGAUGAAGAAUUUCAUUCAGAGAUACCAGUACCAGACGUGCCACCAUUUGUCCCACUUAGGCGGUCUACAAGAGAUCGUCAUCCUUCCACCCGUUUUUCAGCUAAUGAGUAUGUCUUACUCACUGAUGGGGGAGAGCCUGAGUGUUAUGCAGAGGCCAUGGAAGAUGAGCAUAAAAGGGAGUGGGUUGAAGCCAUGCAAGAUGAGAUGAAUUCCUUACAUGAAAAUAAUACAUUUGAGUUGGUGAAGUUGCCUAAAGGCAAGAGAGCUUUGAAGAACAAGUGGGUCUACAAAGUGAAGACUGAAGAGCACACCUCACAACCUAGGUACAAGGCUAGAUUGGUGGUCAAAGGGUUCAGUCAGAGAAAGGGUAUUGAUUUUGAUGAGAUUUUCUCUCCGGUCGUGAAGAUGGGAUCUAUUCGUGUUGCUCUGGGUUUGGAAGCCAGCCUUGAUCUUGAGGUUGAACAGAUGGAUGUCAAAACAGCUUUCCUUCACGGUGACUUGGAUAAAGAAAUCUACAUGGAGCAACCUGAAGGGUUUCAGGUUAAGGGAAAAGAAGGUUAUGUGUGUAGACUUCAAAAGAGUCUUUAUGGGUUGAAGCAAGCACCAAGACAGUGGUACAAGAAGUUUGAGUCAGUUAUGGGGGAGCAAAAUUACCGAAAGACUACUUCAGACCAUUGUGUUUUCUUCCAGAGGUUUGAUGAUGAUGAUUUCAUUAUUUUAUUGUUAUAUGUUGAUGACAUGUUAAUUGUUGGCAAGAAUGCAGAAAGAAUUACUCAGCUGAAGAUGCAAUUGAGCAAGUCUUUUGCUAUGAAAGACUUGGGGCCAGCAAAACAUAUUCUUGGCAUUCGGAUCACUCGAGAUAGAGCUUUGAAGAAGCUACACAUGUCACAGGAGCAAUACAUUGAGAAGGUGCUUCGCAGAUUCAACAUGGACAAAGCUAAAGAGGUUAGUUCACCUCUUACUACCAACUUCAGGUUGACAGAUAAAGAUUGUCCAUCUUCUGAAAAGAAGAUUGAAGAGAUGGAUAGAGUUCCUUAUGCCUCAGCUGUAGGGAGUUUGAUGUAUGCUAUGGUGUGCACACGGCCUGAUAUUGCCCAUGCAGUAGGUGUUGUUAGUCGUUUUCUGUCAAAUCCAGGUAAGAAGCAUUGGGAAGCAGUGAAGUGGAUUCUCAGAUAUCUACGUGGUACUUCCAAAUUGGGUAUAACAUUUGGAAAUGGGGAGCCAGUACUUAUUGGUUAUACUGAUUCUGAUAUGGCAGGAAACAAGGACAACAUGAAGUCCACUUCUGGAUAUUUGAUGACUUUUGCAGGGGGAGCUGUGUCAUGGCAAUCGAGAUUACAAAAGUGUGUGGUUUUAUCCACCACCGAGGCUGAGUAUGUGGCUGCAACAGAAGCUUGUAAGGAGCUAUUAUGGCUCAAAAGAUUUAUGCAAGAGAUUGGCUUUAUGCAACAGCGUUACGUGGUUCUUUGUGAUAAUCAAAGUACCAUUCACCUUGCUAAAAAUUCUAUGUUUCACAAACGAACCAAACAUAUUGAUGUGAGGUAUCAUUGGAUUAGAGAUGCACUUGAAGACAAACUGUUUGAACUUGAUAAAGUUCAUACCGAUGAUAAUGGUGCCGAUAUGUUGACGAAGGUUCUAGCAAGGGAAAAGUUGAAGGUAUGUUGCUCCAUCGCCGGUAUGGCGAACUCUUCCUCAUAAGUCAAAAAGGGGGAGAUUUGUUGGGUUUUUCUUUGUUUUUGACCCAUGAGGAAAGCCCAAGUUUUGAGCCCAGUAAAAGUCUUCUUUGACUUUCUUUUUUGGGAGCUAAUAAUAAAAUAUGGGUUAACUACUAUCUCAACACAUGAGGACAGAAAGAGAGCAGCAGAAAAGAGAGCAUAAGUGGUAAACAUGAGCUGAGUGUGCUCAUCCCGUUUUUCCAGCAGCAGCAGCAGAAAAAUUCCGUUUCCCGGAGAUUGAACCGUUGGAUCGUCGUGAUUUUUGGACAGCAGCUUCACAGCAUCAGGGCCAAUAUUCUGGACGGUGGAGAUCGGGUUUUGUGGUCCGGAGGUCGGGUUUUGUUGGUCUGGACAGUAGCUAUUUUCUGGUGAUAUAUUUUCUUAUCUUGGCUCUAUUUGAUUCCAUACACCUUGAUGUUCUUACUUCCAAGGAUAUGAUGAUGUUGUAUGCCUCUAGUAUUAUCUAGAGAAGAUUGUGUACUGCUCCUUUGAUGAUGAUAGUGGAUUUAAGCGGCCAAAAUGGUCCCGUGGUUUUUCCCUAGUUAACGGGUUUUCCACGCUAAAAUUCCGGUGUUUUUGUGUGGUGUGUGCUUACUGUUUUAGCUCAUUAUAUUGGUGUGUGGCAGCAAUAUUGUGUGUUCUAAUUGUAUUAAGAACACCCUAUUUGUUUGCAUCCUCAAAGGUUCAUUCAAGUUGGGGAAAGUUUAGCCAAACGGAGAUUAAUUCCGCAUUUUAUUAGUUCCGUGUGUGGCUGUUUUUUUCCCUUCAAAUUGGUAUCAGAGCCGAGUUCUUCUGUAUUGGGUUAGACUUGUUUGAAUGAUGGAAGCAAACACAAGUAGGAUGAUCAAUUUGAAUGGUUCUAAUUAUCAUGUUUGGAAAGGCAAAAUGGAAGACCUACUUUAUGUGAAGGAUUAUUAUUUGCCUGUGUUUACUACUGAUAAACCUGAGAGUAAAACAGAUGCAGAGUGGAAUAUUUUGCAUAGACAGGUUUGUGGGUAUAUUCGCCAAUGGGUUGAUGAUAAUGUUUUGAACCAUAUUAGCGGGGAAACUCAUGCUCGCAGUUUGUGGAACAAGCUUGAACAGUUGUAUGCUCGAAAGACCGGGAACAAUAAAUUGUUCUUAAUAAAACAGAUGAUGAGCUUGAAAUACCAUGAUGGAACUCCUGUCACUGAUCAUUUGAAUUCUUUUCAGGGAAUCAUAAAUCAACUUGCAGGAAUGGGUAUCAAGUUUGAAGAUGAGAUACAAGGCUUGUGGCUCCUUGGCACUUUACCGGACUCAUGGGAGACUUUUAGGACAUCAUUGUCCAACUCUGCACCAGAUGGUAUUAUCACCAUGGAAUUAGCUAAAGGCAGUGUUUUAAAUGAAGAGAUGAGAAGAAAGUCACAAGGUUCCUCUUCACAUUCUGAUGUCUUAGUUACAGAAAGCAGGGGGAGAAGUCAGAGUAGAGGUCCAGGUAACAAAGGGAAGCAUCGAAGUAAAUCCAAAGGAAAGUUUGCUGAUUUUGAGUGCUAUCAUUGUGGUAGAAAAGGCCACACAAUACGGUUCUGCAGGCAAUUGAAAAAGGAGAAGAAGAAGAGCGAUUACAACAAUCAAAAGAACCAUAAGAAAGAUGAGGGUGGUAAUGGCAAUGCUGAAGUUAACAGUGCUACCGAUGAGUUCCUGAUUUGUUCUGAUCUUGAUAUGGUCAACAUUGCACAUGAUGAUUCCAGUUGGGUUGUUGAUAGUGGUGCUACGUGUCAUGUAACAUCACAGAGGGAUUUUUAUUCAUCUUACACUCCAGGUAACUUUGGUAAUGUUAGGAUGGGUAAUAAUGGACUAUCAAAGAUUGCAGGCAUCGGAGAUAUUUGUUUGAAGUUUGACACUGGGAUAGAGUUGGUUUUACAUAAUGUAAAACAUGUUCCAGAUAUGAGACUUAAUUUGAUCUCCGCAGGCUUACUUGAUGAUGAUGGUUACAGCAACAACUUUGGUAAUGGAAUAUGGAAACUCACUCGUGGUUCUUUGAUCGUGGCUAGAGGUAAAAGAUGCUCAAAGUUGUACAUGACACAUCCGAAGAUCUUCAAGGAUAGGGUCAAUGCUGUGGUGAACACUGACAUGACUGAUUUAUGGCAUAAGAGACUUGGUCACAUGAGUGAAAAGGGGAUGUCUCUUUUGUUGAAGAGAAAUGUGUUACCGGGUGUGCAUGAUAUUCAUCUAAAGAAGUGUUCUCACUGUUUGGCAGGUAAACAGAACAGGGUUUCCUUUAAGAGCCAUCCUCCUUCCAGGAAGGAGAGUAUACUUGAUUUGGUGCAUUCUGAUGUUUGUGGUCCUAUGAAGACUAGGACACUUGGUGGUUGCUCCUACUUUGUCACAUUCAUUGAUGAUCACUCCAGAAAGGUAUGGGUUUAUACCUUGAAAUCUAAAGAUCAAGUAUUUGAGGUGUUUAAGCAGUUUCAUGCCUCGGUUGAGAGACAGACUGGAAAGAAGCUCAAGUGUAUUCAGACAGAUAAUGGAGGGGAAUACAUUGGCCCCUUUGAUGCUUAUUGUAGAGAUCAUGGUAUUCGACAUCAAAAGAGUCCUCCCAAGACACCGCAGCUGAACGGAUUAGCAGAGCGGAUGAACAGAACUUUGAUGGAGCGUGUCAGAUGUUUGUUGUCACAUGCAGGGCUGCCAAAUUCAUUCUGGGGAGAAGCUUUGAAUACAGCGGUACAUGUUAUUAAUCUAACUCCUUGUGUUCCUUUGUCUUUUGAUGUACCUGACAGGGUUUGGAGUGGCAAAGAUGUUUCUUACCGUCAUUUGAGGGUCUUUGGAUGCAAAGCUUUUGUGCACAUUCCUAAAGAUGAAAGAUCAAAGCUUGAUGUGAAGUCCAAACCAUGUGUUUUCUUGGGUUAUGGCCAAGAUGAGUUUGGUUACAGAUUAUAUGAUCCAGUCCACAAGAAACUUAUUCGAAGCCGAGAUGUUGUGUUUGUGGAAGAUCAAACCUUGAAAGAUGCUGAGAAGAAAGAUACAGUUCCUCAACAUAAUGAUGAUGUUACUGAUUUGGAUCCAGUGCCUCCUCAGCAUGUAGAACCACCUCUUGAUAAUGAUGUUCAGAAUGAUGAACAACAUGAUACUGAUGUUCCAGAACAGCCAGAGGUGGAUGAAGAAUUUCAUUCAGAGAUACCAGUACCAGACGUGCCACCAUUUGUCCCACUUAGGCGGUCUACAAGAGAUCGUCAUCCUUCCACCCGUUUUUCAGCUAAUGAGUAUGUCUUACUCACUGAUGGGGGAGAGCCUGAGUGUUAUGCAGAGGCCAUGGAAGAUGAGCAUAAAAGGGAGUGGGUUGAAGCCAUGCAAGAUGAGAUGAAUUCCUUACAUGAAAAUAAUACAUUUGAGUUGGUGAAGUUGCCUAAAGGCAAGAGAGCUUUGAAGAACAAGUGGGUCUACAAAGUGAAGACUGAAGAGCACACCUCACAACCUAGGUACAAGGCUAGAUUGGUGGUCAAAGGGUUCAGUCAGAGAAAGGGUAUUGAUUUUGAUGAGAUUUUCUCUCCGGUCGUGAAGAUGGGAUCUAUUCGUGUUGCUCUGGGUUUGGAAGCCAGCCUUGAUCUUGAGGUUGAACAGAUGGAUGUCAAAACAGCUUUCCUUCACGGUGACUUGGAUAAAGAAAUCUACAUGGAGCAACCUGAAGGGUUUCAGGUUAAGGGAAAAGAAGGUUAUGUGUGUAGACUUCAAAAGAGUCUUUAUGGGUUGAAGCAAGCACCAAGACAGUGGUACAAGAAGUUUGAGUCAGUUAUGGGGGAGCAAAAUUACCGAAAGACUACUUCAGACCAUUGUGUUUUCUUCCAGAGGUUUGAUGAUGAUGAUUUCAUUAUUUUAUUGUUAUAUGUUGAUGACAUGUUAAUUGUUGGCAAGAAUGCAGAAAGAAUUACUCAGCUGAAGAUGCAAUUGAGCAAGUCUUUUGCUAUGAAAGACUUGGGGCCAGCAAAACAUAUUCUUGGCAUUCGGAUCACUCGAGAUAGAGCUUUGAAGAAGCUACACAUGUCACAGGAGCAAUACAUUGAGAAGGUGCUUCGCAGAUUCAACAUGGACAAAGCUAAAGAGGUUAGUUCACCUCUUACUACCAACUUCAGGUUGACAGAUAAAGAUUGUCCAUCUUCUGAAAAGAAGAUUGAAGAGAUGGAUAGAGUUCCUUAUGCCUCAGCUGUAGGGAGUUUGAUGUAUGCUAUGGUGUGCACACGGCCUGAUAUUGCCCAUGCAGUAGGUGUUGUUAGUCGUUUUCUGUCAAAUCCAGGUAAGAAGCAUUGGGAAGCAGUGAAGUGGAUUCUCAGAUAUCUACGUGGUACUUCCAAAUUGGGUAUAACAUUUGGAAAUGGGGAGCCAGUACUUAUUGGUUAUACUGAUUCUGAUAUGGCAGGAAACAAGGACAACAUGAAGUCCACUUCUGGAUAUUUGAUGACUUUUGCAGGGGGAGCUGUGUCAUGGCAAUCGAGAUUACAAAAGUGUGUGGUUUUAUCCACCACCGAGGCUGAGUAUGUGGCUGCAACAGAAGCUUGUAAGGAGCUAUUAUGGCUCAAAAGAUUUAUGCAAGAGAUUGGCUUUAUGCAACAGCGUUACGUGGUUCUUUGUGAUAAUCAAAGUACCAUUCACCUUGCUAAAAAUUCUAUGUUUCACAAACGAACCAAACAUAUUGAUGUGAGGUAUCAUUGGAUUAGAGAUGCACUUGAAGACAAACUGUUUGAACUUGAUAAAGUUCAUACCGAUGAUAAUGGUGCCGAUAUGUUGACGAAGGUUCUAGCAAGGGAAAAGUUGAAGGUAUGUUGCUCCAUCGCCGGUAUGGCGAACUCUUCCUCAUAAGUCAAAAAGGGGGAGAUUUGUUGGGUUUUUCUUUGUUUUUGACCCAUGAGGAAAGCCCAAGUUUUGAGCCCAGUAAAAGUCUUCUUUGACUUUCUUUUUUGGGAGCUAAUAAUAAAAUAUGGGUUAACUACUAUCUCAACACAUGAGGACAGAAAGAGAGCAGCAGAAAAGAGAGCAUAAGUGGUAAACAUGAGCUGAGUGUGCUCAUCCCGUUUUUCCAGCAGCAGCAGCAGAAAAAUUCCGUUUCCCGGAGAUUGAACCGUUGGAUCGUCGUGAUUUUUGGACAGCAGCUUCACAGCAUCAGGGCCAAUAUUCUGGACGGUGGAGAUCGGGUUUUGUGGUCCGGAGGUCGGGUUUUGUUGGUCUGGACAGUAGCUAUUUUCUGGUGAUAUAUUUUCUUAUCUUGGCUCUAUUUGAUUCCAUACACCUUGAUGUUCUUACUUCCAAGGAUAUGAUGAUGUUGUAUGCCUCUAGUAUUAUCUAGAGAAGAUUGUGUACUGCUCCUUUGAUGAUGAUAGUGGAUUUAAGCGGCCAAAAUGGUCCCGUGGUUUUUCCCUAGUUAACGGGUUUUCCACGCUAAAAUUCCGGUGUUUUUGUGUGGUGUGUGCUUACUGUUUUAGCUCAUUAUAUUGGUGUGUGGCAGCAAUAUUGUGUGUUCUAAUUGUAUUAAGAACACCCUAUUUGUUUGCAUCCUCAAAGGUUCAUUCAAGUUGGGGAAAGUUUAGCCAAACGGAGAUUAAUUCCGCAUUUUAUUAGUUCCGUGUGUGGCUGUUUUUUUCCCUUCACAUCCAAGCCUUAUUUUCAAACGAUUUUAAGGUCGACUAUCAUGAAAUGUAAGAUUAAAAUUUUCUUAAUGGUUAGAAUAUCAUGUGUUGCAUAUAUUUUGUUAGAGCUGGCUUAAUAAUAAUAACAGAAUAUGAUUGGAGUUAGCAUAAUCAUAAAAAAGGUCAGGUCAAUUCGGUCACCC